AACAUCUGACUCAACAAUUUCUCUCUUUAUUUUUCAUCAAUUGACUCAAUUUUUUGAUUUCCAAGCAUGUCUGGAACAAAAAUAUGGCUCAGAGCAGAGACCAAGCCUCAAGAGGCGCGGUCAGCUCUCACUCCUACCACGACAAAGGCCUUGUUAGAUGCUGGGUAUGAUGUUACAGUUGAAAAAUCAAGUCAGAGCAUUUUUGACGAUGAGGAAUACGCCGCUGUCGGCGCGCGCCUCGUCGAAGAAGGAUCAUGGGUCAAAGACGCACCCAAAGAUACAUACAUCCUCGGUCUCAAGGAACUCCCCGAAGACGAUUUCCCGUUGGAACAUGUUCACAUUUCAUUUGCGCAUUGUUACAAGAAACAAGCUGGGUGGGAGAAGGUGUUGAGUCGGUGGCCACGCGGUGGUGGGGCGUUGUUGGAUUUGGAGUUUUUGACUGAUGAGAAGGGGAGACGGGUUGCUGCGUUUGGGUAUUCUGCUGGAUAUGCAGGAUCUGCUCUGGCAAUCAAGACCUGGGCAUGGCAAUACACACAUGGCAAAAAGGAGCCUCUUCCGGGCGAGAAGCCCUACGCCAGUGAGGGUUUGCUCAUUGCUUCCGUCAAGGAGAUUCUCGAAGCUGGAAAGAAGAAAGCUGGACGGUCACCCAAGGUGCUCGUCAUUGGAGCUCUCGGACGAUGUGGUGGCGGCGCCGUCCAGUUCGCCAAGGACGUUGGUAUCCCUGACGCAGAUAUUAUCAAGUGGGAUCUCGAAGAGACCAAGAAGGGCGGCCCGUUCAAGGAGAUUGUCGAAGACGCCGACAUCUUCAUCAACUGCAUCUAUCUCUCUGCAAAGAUUCCUCCAUUCGUCAACGCCGAGACCCUUUCUUCCCCCAAGCGCACUCUUUCCGUCGUCUGCGACGUGAGCGCAGAUACAACAAACCCCCACAACCCAAUCCCAAUCUACAACAUAACAACAACAUUCGACAAACCCACCGUCCCCGUAACCAACAUUGCCUCCGUCGGAAACCCGGAUUUACCGCUCGACGUAAUCAGCAUCGAUCACUUGCCAUCUUUGUUACCUCGCGAGAGUUCGGAGAUGUUUAGUACGGCAUUGUUGCCUUCAUUGUUGCAGCUCAAGGAUAGAGAGAAUGCGCGUGUGUGGAAGCAGGCGGAGGAAUUGUUUGAGCAGCAUGUUGCUACGUUACCGGAGGAGUUGAAGAAGAGGGAGUAACUAUUCUUUCUCAGUGACUAGAGACGGAUGGAAAAAGAAUAGUAUGAUUUAUAUUGCGUUAAUGAAAAUAGAAUGUAUGCUUCGGUCAAUUCAAUAUUCAAUUCUGGUUUAUUUUAGGUCUGCAUCAUCAACCCCACCCCCCCAAAAACCUGAAAACAAAUUACAACUGACCAGCAGUGUUGAAGUCUGCAAGAGCCUCCUUCACACGCUGACUCAUCGUCUUCUCACCCUCACGAACCCAAACACGAGGAUCAAAGAACUUCUUGUUGGGCUUAUCAGCACCAUCUGGGUUACCGACAGCAGUCAUCAGAUAAUCCUUCUUCUUGAGGACAUAAUCCCUCACACCAGACAAGUAAGCAAACUGCAUGUCCGUAUCGACAUUAACCUUCACGACACCAUAGCUAAUAGCUUCCUUGUACUCCUCCUUCGAGGAACCGGAACCACCAUGAAAGACGAAGAAGACAGGCUUAUCGGAGGAAGAGCCGAGUUUCUCCUUGACGUACUUUUGGUGUUUGCUGAGGAGUUCCGGGUGCAGGCGCACGUUACCGGGUUUGUAGACUCCGUGCACGUUACCGAAACCCGCGGCGAUGGAGAAGUAGGGGCUGAUGGGGGAGAGGGCGUUGUGGAUGGCGAGGAUGUCCUCCGGUUGGGUGUAGAGGGAGUUGUUGUCGACGUCUUCGUUAUUGACGCCGUCUUCCUCACCGCCGGUGAUACCGAUUUCCUU